AUGGGGACGAAGAAGAACAAGCAACUCUCCGGGGCGCAGAAGAGGAAGAAGAAGAAGGAGAAGGAAGAGGCGAUCAAAGAGGCAGUCGAGGAAUUGGAGCGGUUGAAGCUUGGGCCGACGGCGUUGUGGACAGGAUUGGUGUUGCAUCAGAAAGAUAUUUUUGUAUCGCAUGUCUUGUCGAAAUUGAAUGGGACAGAUCAAAGUUUCUUUGGACUGGUGAAUAAACAGAGCUGGGGUGUGCUUAAGUACGCCGGGGUAAACGUAUCGGAAUUAUGUGUAAAAGUUCACGAAUGCACAUCCAUUUCGACGUUAGAAUGGGUGUGGAAUCGCGUGCCCUGGGGAAAGAAAGAUAUCAAAGGAAGAGCGAUAGAUCGAGCCUGGUUUUGCGCGGAAGUUGCUGCAACGAAUAAACUCGAGUUCCUCAAGUGGGCCAGAGAAGCGAAACAUUGCGAGUGGGAUGAAAAGACGAUUAAUACGGCAGCAGAGAUGGGUAAUCUCGAGAUGCUGAAGUACUGCUUCUCUAACGAUUGUCCGUGUGAUGAAAGAGCUUCGUUUCUUCAAGCUGCUGUUAAUGGACACCUCGACUGUCUUCGAUUUCUUUUCGCCAAAGUGGAACCUUCGCGAGAGACGGAAGAAGAAGCGGCAUAUCAGGCAGUAUGCCGUGGUCACAUGGACAUCUUGAAAUAUUUCGUCGAAGAAAGAAAGAUAUCCGAGGAGGUAAAGAGCGAAUGCGUGGGAAACGCUGCAAGGUAUGGCGGACUCGAUUGCAUCAAAUACUUAGUCGAAGAGGCGAAAGUGCCUCUGAACUACUGGCGAUACAUCGCUUCCGCUCGGUACUACGAGCAGUCCGACUGCCUAAACUACUUGCUCGAAAAAGGGUGUCCGGAACCAACGGAUGAACAAUACGCUUGGGUUGUUGAAUUCAAGUCCGAACAACAGAACCGCGGCGACUGA